CACCACAUUUGGUCACCUCAUUGCCUUUCUUGCAACGGAUAUAAUGAAGUACAUCGGCAUGUCUGUUUUUCAUACGCCGAUGAAUCUAAUCUCGUCUAUUGGAGCUCCAAUAAGUAUCGGAGCGUUCGCGGCUCAGUGAGGAUACAUCUAGAGCCAGACUGCCUCUUAGAGGAGCUCCACAUCUCAAGUAACCACUUAGUUAACAUAAACCCAUUCAGGGACCAACGUCCAUUUUCCAACAAUGUCCCCACGCAUCCAGCCAUACGCCGCCGUGCAUGAACACCCUCAAGGCGAGGGCGAUUCUCGUCCCACCGCUCUGCAGAUCAUCGAGGACGAAGGACUCAUCAACAAGAUGACCGACAAAGUCAUGCUCGUCACCGGCUCCUCUUCAGGAAUCGGCAUCGAGACGGUUCGAGCCCUGCAUGCAACAGGCGCGCACAUCUUCAUGCAAGCCCGCGACAUGAAAAGAGGACAAGAAGUCCUAGACGAGAUAGCCUCCUCCAGCAAAGGAACCGGCAAGCUGGAACUUCUUGAGAUGAACCUCGACUCUUUCAAGUCCGUUCGAGUUGGUGCUGAAGAGUUCUUGAAGAAGAGUAAGAAGCUUAAUGUACUUGUCAACAAUGCCGGAAUCAGGAAUCCACCAGAAGGGAGGACGGUCGAUGGCUUCGAGAUCCAGUUUGGCACUAAUCAUCUUGGUCAUUUCUUGCUGUUCCAGCUUCUCAAACCCACGCUUCUUGCUUCCAGCACACUGGAGUUCAACUCCCGUGUUAUCAAUGUGUCUUCUGGCUCCCAUCGUCGAGGACCAAUACACUUCGACAACCUCAACCUGGAUGGCAUCUACACUCCUCGCUUAGGCUAUGCUCAAUCGAAGACGGCAAACAUCCUCAUGGCUAAUGAGAUCGAGAGACUAUACGGAAGUCAAGGUCUGCAUGGAUUCUCCAUCAGUCCAGGGCUAAUCAAAAGUCGUGCUCAACGACACGAUGAUCCGAAGGAUUUAGCAGCCAUAUUGCCAACGAUCAAGGAUCUCUUGAAAGACCCUGCUCAGGGUGCUGCGACCACAGUCUGGGGAGCUGUUGCGAAGGUCUUGGAAGGGAAAGGUGCUAUGUAUUUGGAGGAUUGUGCAGAGGCUGUGGAUGCUCCAGAUCAGGAUAUGAUGAGGGGUGGGUAUGCUCCUUUUGCAUUUGACGAGGAGGCUGAGAAGAAGUUGUGGAAGGUCAGUUGUGAGAUGGUCGGUGUGGAGGAAUGAAUGUCCGUAUGAGUUUCCCUACUUGCUGCAGCCUUAAGUCGGGCCUUCUGUUGGGAUAUUGUGAUAGUGAGGAAAAGCCUUUGAAAUAUAUGUGAUGAUCAGAUAAUACUUUCUGGUACCAAUGUCCAAAAUGCAUUUCCAUGAAUUCGUUGCAAUGGCUUCAUUGUCCGUCCGGAUGUUGAUCAUUGCCGUCUCACAUUGUCUGACCAUAGUAUAGACGAGAUUCGACAGUAAGAAGCACAUUCCAACGAUGCAUUGAACAAUGUCAAGCAGGGUAUCUCGUCCUCCAAGUCUUCACCAUACCAUAUCAUACACAAACGUACAACCUCUCUCUGCACUUGUCCUCAAAAGUCCUUCCUGAUCCCAAAGAAGUAGUUCCCCACCCUCUCACUACUACUGACCUCCUUCCAUCCCAACCCAGGCACAUAAACAAC